UCGAAGGAAAGUUGUCCUGCGGGCGACCGGGCGAUCAUUUCUCUAGCGCAUCCAGCGUCUACCGCUCAUAGAAAACUCUCUCUUCCCACACUGCUGGUUUACAAGCUACUUUCCGGGCCAGGGAGUUUCCUCAGUCACGAAAAAUAAAUUCUUCACUCCGCGGACGCUCUUUUCUCCCCUCCUCCUGCGUUGCGCCCGAGUCCCGUCUCCCGGAUCCCACCCGGGUGAGUGUCCGGCCUCCGUCCUGGCUGCGACAGUGAUUGUUCACGGCCGCUGCUGUGCCCCCGUGGCCCGCCCCACCUGGCUCAAGAUCGUAGAGCGACUCCCGAUCCGGAUCCGCAUCUGGAGCUGCAAGGUCGACUUUGGUGAUUGGUUCCCCGCCCGGAGCGAUGACCGGAGACGUGCUGCUCGCGAACUUCCUUUUUAGACACAGAGAUCUGCCCCUGAGCGUCAAGAUGCCGUCAUCGCCUGACACUCUCAUCAAAAAUACCACAUCUGCAACAAAUGGCAGUCUCACAGGUGUAAACGGCAGCCAUUCUCCGCACCCACCCGGAGACGGGGGCACGCCCUCUCCCCCAACUUCCGGGGCAGAUGGGGGGACGAGGGGCGGUACCCGGGCGCUGGGCAAAGUGAAGCGUUUCUUGGCCACGCUGAGGCAGUUCGCCUCCGACUUGUCGGUAGAGACGGGCGAUCGUGUCCACAGCCUCAUCAUAGGACUCGUGAGUUCCUCGCUAUCUGUCGAAGACUUCCACCAUAAGAUCCAAGAAAUAACCAACUACCCUUUGAGGCCGUUUGCAGUCCCUUUUCUAAAAUCUCACUUACCAUUGCUGCAAGCGGAGUUGGUGCAUUUUGCACGUCUGGCAAAACAGAGCCCCCAGCAGUAUCUGCGCCAGCACGAGCACGCCCUCCUGGAUUCUUUGUCCGGAUCGGAGCCUCCCUUUGAGAUCUUCCAGGACAGAGAACCACAGCACAACGGGAAGAGGAGAUCGCCGCUGCACAGGAAUGGAAAGCUGGAUCCCGACUACGGCGACUUGAACGGGGAUCUCCCCCCGGCCAAGCGCCACCAGAUUGCCCUCCCCCCUUCAAACUCCAGGACAAGUCCCACCUCUGCACUACCUCCAGGACUAAGCCUACGCCUGGCCGAAGAGCAUGCAUUCAGGGACGGGCGCCUAGACCGAUACGAGAGGCUCGAACGAGAGUUCUAUAGACCGCUCUAUGGACACUUGAGCCGAGACUUUGUAGAAGACAGAGAAAUGGACGAAGAAUGGCGAAACAUCCACACAAUGCUGAGCUGUAUUCUGGGAAUGGUGGAAAAGACAAAGAGGGCACUUUGCAUCCUGCAGCACAGAGCGGAAUUCUCUGGAGGGAGCGUGUGGGCCCCCAGACCACCCUCCGACCCCCCGGAUCCAAAGAAGAUCGCCUCCCACUUCCGAAGGGCAGAGGACAGAGUGACUGAGGCCCGAAGAAGGGCAGUGGCAGAAGAGGUGGAGGCAAAGCGGCAGGAGUUGCAGAGGGUAGCUGCCUUGGGUGAGGGCAAAAUGGCUGGAGAGCGAUACCGUCUGGAGAGGUUGUUAGCGGAAGCCCGAAGACAGGCGGCGGAGGACGCCCUUGCCCUGGCCACACAACAGGAAGAGGCCACAGAGAAUUGCUGGAACUGCGGUCGGAAGGCCAGCGAGACCUGCAGCGGCUGCAAUAUCGCUCGUUACUGUGGCUCCUUUUGCCAGCACAAAGACUGGGAGUCCCACCACCGCGUUUGCGGGCAGUCAGGGUCAUCGUCUUCAGGGCCCCCCUCCGUGGGUACGCCCCCCAGGACCACUGCCGACCACAGCCCCAGCCCACCUCGAAUCAACAAUCUCAUCGAUGUCAAACCACCCAUCAAGCUGGACAACAUGUGAUUUGAAUCAUACACUCAAAAUGAUGGCUGAUUUUUUAAUACGGGUCUGGAAAGGUAUCGUUCCUCCAUAGAUGCCAGGGUUGCCAGAUUUCAUCUAAUGCUCACAUCGUCGAAUUAUUCGUCUUUUUAGUACAAAAUUCAUAAAAGUUAUCGUUUCUAUUUACUCCAUCAUAGAAAAAAAAAGUUGAAAUUUGAACAAUGACUAUUUGCAAAAUUUAACUGCCAUUAUAUUUUAUUGGGACUUUCUCUAUGUUUUUGUUUUAUCUGUAAAGUUUACUGUGAUAUAUCCAAAACUUAUGCAUGGCAAAUGAGCAAAAAAAAAAAAAAAAAAAAAAAAAAAGAAAACAAAACAUUACUGAUUAUAUAAUACAAGAUACUAGUGCAAAGAUUAUUUAUGCCUGCAUACAGACUAAGGAUUCAGUUGUGUGACAGUAACUGUCGUCAAAUGGGUGUGAUUUAAUUUUUUUUAUAAUUGUUUUUGGUGCUAUUAGUGUAUAUUUGAUUGUGUAUUGUUGCUUUGAAUAUUUGAGAGUUUUGGAACUGAAACAACUAGAAAGUACUUUGCGUUUUAUACCAGCCAAAUAUUCAAAUGCUUUUCAAUAUUUUGCAAGCUCAAGACUAAACGCUGAGUUGAUGGCUUACAUUUUGAUUAUAAAUAGUAUUUUAUUUUGGCAACCCUGAUGAAUAUAUGUGCAAUCAUUCGAGGCUACCAUUGGAAUUCAUUACUCGCAAUUCAAAGCAAAAUUGUGAGCUCAAGUCGAAAAACUAGAUGGGAGGAGUUGUAACACUUGUAGACGCACAACAGCACUUGAUUCUUUUUGCCAAGAAAGUGUUUUCAGAAAUCAUUUUGUAAAUAAUGUGUCUUUUGUAAACAUUGUGAGUUAAUCAACUCUCAAAUACACCAAAGACUGAAACAAAGUUGUUACUUUUACUAGAUCUAAAUUUGAUAGAUCUGACACAGAGAACCAGAAUUGAAUUCGUGGUAUGAUUUGGCCUGUUCAUUUCAUUAAGAAUGAAAAAAGGUUUUCAGAUGUAAAAGCUGAAGUUUAUAAUCAAAAUUAUUGAAGCCUGUAGUUUCAAAUUAAUUUCUUUCUUACCAGAAUCGUUGCUCAAUGGGAAAAAAAAGAUCCAAGUAUAAGAUGGCCGACACAAUGGAAAUAUAUUAUUUGCUGACAUUUGUAUUUCUAAAUGGAUGGAAAGAAACUAUUUUCAAUGCAUUUCAUGAAAAGCAGGCACCUUUCUCAGAACUGCAUUUAUGUUUCUAGAAGUAAGUUUUCACCAUUGAACUGUAAAUGUAUAUGUUUGUGUUAGAUUGAUUUCGAGUCAUCACAAGCUGAAUAACUGCUUCAAAUGUGUGAUCUUCAAGCUUGAAAUUGUCUUUCUAUUACGUGACAUUUGUAAAUAUUCAUGAGCAUUUUUUAUAUUCUCUCUCAGUUUUAAGUUUUGUGAAAUGCAGGAGUCAAAUCAUGUAUAUAAUAAUCUACAUUGUCAGUUGUUGCAUGGCUUUCAACUGUGGAAAAUGUUGUUGGAAAGAGUUUAGAAAACCAAAGAAUAGACCAAAGAACGAGGAAACUUUUAAAAUGGUAUAUUGUGCAAUCACUGUAAGAAAGAUAAAAUUCUUACUGCAGUCAUUAUUUAUACCACAAAUAGAGGUAGAUGACCUGUACUCCGUUCACAGAAAAUUUAUAUCAAAAGAAAACAACCAGAUUAUGAAAAGGUUUGGUUUACUGCUAUUUGGCCACUUUUGAAGAUUUACUCUGGAAUAAAAAAAAGUUAAAUCAAUAAUAUUUGCUAGCUGCUUGACACAUACUAUUUCUUCUCCAAGCCAAACACCUGAUUGAGGUCGCCAAAUGGCACAUUUCUUUGUGUACAUUUAGUCUAUCUGUCCUGUGAAUGUAGUAUAGUUCCCAAGAUGCAGAAAAGUGUUACAUGUGUCAAAAAUAAAACAAAACAGCUGUAUGGUUAUCACUUGCCUGAGAAAAUUACCCCCCCCCCCUCUCCAGCCAAAAUAAGGAUUCAUUCAUAUUCUGCAUCUUAAGCAAAAAAAAAAAAAAAAAAAAUUAGAAUGCUGAGCACUUUUCCCGCAACAAGAAUGCUCUGGGUAGCUAUUGGUGGAACUAAAUGUUAAUAAUAUUUUAGGUAGCAUUAACAUAAGUAUAAAAUUGUAUUGCUUAAUUAUUGCCAAUUUGGAUACCUGUAAACAAAUUAUUCGAUUGGAAAGUAAUUUCAUUCCCCCCACCCUCCGACAGAAUUUCAUUGUAUUUUUUCGCACUUAUGCCGUAUAACUGUGAUAUAAUUUGAAAGCUACUGUAGCAAGGCUUACUUGUAAAAAAAAGUCCAUUUGAAUCUAGGCAGUAAUUUUUGGUAGGUGACAUUUCAAAUAUGAAGGGUGUAAGCAGAGUUUUCAGCAUAUCUUACUUUUUGCUAUUGGAAAGGAAAAACUUUCGCUCAAAAAAUUAAAAAAAAAAGAAAAAAAAAACUGAUGUACAAGGAGAAGAUAUAUUGACAGUAUGCCAGUACCAGAGCCUAGUUCGCAAAAUUUUAAUUUGGCAAUUUUGAUGUUGAAAAGACGCCUUGUUCUGGAAGGCUAAUUGAAGCUAACAAAGACACAAUAAAGAAUGAUUAAUGCAAAAAGGUGAGUAACAACAUCAGUGAUCGUUAAACGAUUAAAUUUGUUCGAAUUGAACCGUUUAUGACUGUUUGAAAGGAUUAGUUUAAAAGUACUGUCGUGGAAAAAACUUUCUGAAAAACCAAAGAAUCAAAAGUUUUUCUUCCUAGACAUAUUAAAUAAAACAUUAUGGAAUUCUAGAGUAGCCCCUUACAACUUUUUCCCUCCCUGAAGCUAGCUUUGCAAAAUGUAACCCAAGAAGUGCUAUAAGUUCUAAGCAGAACCACAGCAUAUGUAAAAAGUUAGGCGUUGAUGCACUGGAAUCAAUUGCUGUAAGGACUCUAAUGAACACAACAGUUUUCUCGCUUUGAAUUAUUAUUGAAUCAGAAAUCAUUAUGUGUCUGUCAUAACAAUUCAAAUGUGGUAUCAGUCUAAACAAACACACUCAUCUCUUUGAGUAAAAAAACAUUUUUCUAAGUAAAUGAACCUCUCUUAUUAAUUCACACAGCUUGUAACACAUCCUAUUUGAAAGACUUAAUAAUUUGAAAAAUGGGCAGGAUUUUUAAGUGUUAAACUACAAUAUGUACUUCACAAUAAUUCUGCAUCAAACACUGACUGAAAUUCAACCUAAUAAUAAAUGUAGGGUUCAUGGGGGAAAGUCGUUUGAAGCACUUUUUUCAUGAAGAAUUAUUGCAGGUGCAUUUUAGUCGCUAAUAAGUAAUGUGCUUUUUUUAACGAUUAAAAUGCUUUUUUCCUUUUUAAGACAAAAUCUUUUAUUUACUGAGCAGACUAAUUUCUAAAGCCCGUUAAAACAUGAGGACCAUGGGACACAUUGCACCAUAGCAAGGAAAGCAACACAACUCAAAAUUUGUGAAACACAUACUAGCUGCUGACUUAAAAUAUAAAUUUAAUGCUCUUUCUUGCCCCAAAACUUGCACAAUGUGACUAAUACUGAUACAUCAUUAAAUUUUCAUAAUUUAGAAGAAACAUUUUUGAACUUUAAGUAUGCAUUUUUACUUUAGGCAACAAAAACUAACCACUAAACAUCACAUCAUAAUUUUUCUACUUGUAUUGUUGUAUUUGAGAUGAAACUACAUAAAGCUACUAGUUAAAAGUUAAUUUUCUUGAAUGUUUUUUUUUUUUUGAGUAGUGUCACUUUCCUUGCCGGGGUAAGAUAUGCAUCCUACAAGUUCAAAAUUAACUUUAUAGAUCAAAGAUACCAAAAAUAAAUAAAUAAAAAUAUUUAGUUUAAAAAUGAAAUGUUUUCCCUUUGAACCCUUCAGUUGUUGUGGAAAAAAUAAAUAAACCAACAGAAAUAAAAAAUUAAAUUCACUUUUUCUUCUGAAGAAAUUGCUUCAGUUAUGGACAUUUUUGUUGAUAUUCGAACCUUGACCAAAUUUUGGUCAUCAGAAGUAUUCUUCAAACUGUACCCCAAGCUCGCUAAGAUGCCAGAUUUGAACGUUUGUGGCCAAACAAUUUGGCAAGGUUCCUGAUGGUUGCCCUUUUCGAAUAUUGUAAGUCAAGUCUGCACGGACAACAGUAAAUGGAACUACACAUGAUUUGCUUCAUGUAGGCCUAAGCAUGCUUGUUAUUCUCAUCUCAUGUGAUCAUUUAUGUCUAGUCACGGCUGUUAUACCUUUUGUGUUUUUGCAUUGAAUAUUUUACAUUUUAAAAUGCUAUUGUAUAUAAAAGGAAAAUAAAGAUCUAUAUGUAA